GUGACUAGAAAUUCUUAUGUUUUUCUGCAGUGUUGAAAGAAUAUAGGCUAUUUUUAGAGACAUGCAGUUCUUUGGUCGACUUAUGAACACCUUUGGCAAUGUCACCAACUUGUUCUCAAACCCUUAUCGAGUGAAGGAGGUACCCUUGGCGGAGUACGCAACUCGGACCCGUCUGAAAUGGGAAGACAGGAUAAUUCUGUAUGACAACAGUUCAGCUCACUCCUGGGACUGCCUUUUCGUUAACCCACAGAAUCAAGUGACUGCCUUCCGGCUUUUCCAGGUAGAUAAUGAGGCAGAUGCAAUCCAACAUUUUGACCUGUAUGUAAAGCAGUUACGCCCAUUCUAUGAGAGCUAUCGAGAACCUUUGCCACUGGAGACCUUGCAGCAACUGACAGAUUGCUUUCGCAACCACCCCAACUGUUCACUGGCUCAUGUAGCAGUCGAAGUUGGACUCUUGGAGAGUUUUCGGCACAAUCGUAUCUUGAGUUGCAUAAACAGCAAUGACGGUGAGGAUGGCUGUACUCCCUUGCACUUAGCCUGUCGGAAAGGAGACAUUGACUGUCUGCGGGAGCUGGUGGAGGAAUGCCACGCCCGCGUGGAUCUCACAGACAAAAAUGGAGAUACUGUCUUCCACUAUGCUGUCCGAGGGAGUAACCCCAAGAUCAUAGAGCUACUGGGCAGAAGGUCAACUGCUGCUUUGGACCAUCUGAACAACCUUGGUCAAACCCCUUUGCACUUAGCCUGCCAGCUGGGCAAGGAUGAAGCGGUCGCGUCACUUUUGAAGGUCGAAGCCAAGGGCAAUACCUUGGGAAUGCUGGGCUUCCCCAUCCACACGGCCAUGAAGUACUCCCAGAAGAGAUGCGCCAAGGCCCUCCUUGAUGUGGAUGUUAGCCAGAUUCAAUACAAGGACCAACGGCAUGGAGCAACACCCCUCCACUGGGCCAAAAAUGCUGAGAUGGCCCAACUACUCAUAGAGUAUGGCUGCGAAGUAAAUACUCUCAGCGCGACGGGGGAAUCAGCCUUGCACAUUGCGGUGCAGCGGAGGCGCUUUGACUGUGCAAUGGUGCUGCUGACGCAUGGAGCUGUGACCAACACAAAAGGGAAGGAUGGCAACACUCCACUGCACCUGGCCAUGAAGCAAGACCACCUGGAUAUGAUCAAGGCCCUGAUAGUGUUUGGAGCAGAUGUGGAGAUCCCUAAUGAUUUUGGGGAGACCCCAGGGUUGCUGGCGGCCAGGACAAGCAAAGGUGCCAACCGGAAGGUACUCUUAGACCUGCUGAAAACUAUAGGGACUGAACGCUGCCACCCUCCCGGCACCUCCGCCCUCCAUUUGGCAGCCUCAUCAACCUCAUCAGUAUCAUCUACUUCCACUUUCUCGGAAAGACCAUCAUCCACAGGGACCACAAACUCAGACCUAGGAUUCAAGGAUAUUAUACAUGUUUCUGCAUCACUUAAUACCUUGCUGAAAGCUCCAGACUUGACUGACUCUGCUGCUGAGAAGACACCCCAAGACCGUCUCUUGAGCCUGGAUGGGGGAGGUGUCCGGGGCCUGGUGCUUAUCCAGUUUCUCAUUGCAAUAGAGAAAGUUGCAGGGCAACCCAUUCGGGAGCUCUUUGACUGGAUAGCUGGGACUAGCACAGGGGGAAUUCUGGCGCUGUCUAUUGCACAAGGGAAGCCUAUGGACUACAUGCGCUGCUUGUAUUUUCGCAUGAAAGAUGAGGUGUUUCGAGGAUCUCGACCCUAUGAGUCAGAGCCCCUCGAGGAAUUCCUGAAGAAGGAGUUUGGAGAAUACACCAAAAUGACAGAUGUCAAGAAACCCAGGGUCAUGUUGACAGCCACUCUCUGUGACCGGCAACCUGCUGAACUCCACCUCUUUCGAAAUUAUAAUCCUCCAGAGGCUAAAGGCAAGUCCCGUUACAAGACAGCAGCCUUGUUCCCGGAACUGACCAAACCAGAAGAUCAGCUGGUGUGGCAGGCGGCCCGCUCAAGUGGAGCUGCUCCGACAUACUUUCGGCCUAUCGGGCGGUUUCUGGAUGGAGGGCUGCUGGCCAACAACCCUACUUUGGCUGCCUUGACAGAGAUCAAUGACUACAACAAGUCUUUAAUCCUGAAGGGUAAAACACAUGAGGUGAAGAUAUUGGGCGUGGUAGUCUCUCUUGGAACAGGAAGGGCCCCACAGGUUCCUGUAAGCUCAGUGGAUGUUUUCCGCCCCUCCAACCCUUGGGAACUGGCAAGGACUGUCUACGGGGCCAAGGAACUGGGCAAGUUGGUGGUGGACUGUUGCACUGAUUCCGAUGGCCCAGUGGUGGAUCAUUCAAAAGCCUGGUGCGAGAUGAUAGAGGCCCGUUAUUUCAGGUUCAACCCUCAGUUAGAAUCCGACGUAAUGCUGGAUGAGGUGAGUGACACAGUCCUGGUGAACUUGCUGUGGGAGACUCAGCUCUACAUUUACCAACACUGGGAUGAAAUCAAGCGCUUAGUAAAACAGUUCCUAACUCCCUGACGUUUUUGGUGGUGUUGAUGCUGCAUCGUGACUGAGGUGAUUUAGACUAUCAGCCAGAAGUAGCAGAUUCUGCUGGCCUGUGGCUUACCCUUCCUUCUUAUCACAAGGAAAUGAACUUGAAGAACUUGGUGAUUCCGCUUACUGACAUGUUUUGUAGCUGCUGUAAUCCAUGUGUGGCAGUGGUUGCUCUUUUCCUGUGUGCCAGACUCCCGUAUAACUGCAACCUGGCAUACAUCUGAAACACAUUUCUUGAAUUUGACCUUGCUUGUGUGGUAACGGGGCAUGUGACUGAUCAGAGACAGAUCACCUGACCCUGCCUUCCUCACAAAGGGUAUUUCCUGAUGCUUUGGGUUUUAGGUACUGCACUUUUCUGUCAAAAAUUAUACGAGAUAGGUUGAGAGAAUUUUAAUUGCUCAUUUCUGUAUGUCUACUGAAUUCUGAAGUUCUGCUGUGAAGAAGGGUAGUGUUGUUAUCCCACAGAAUCUGUGAGGACAUACAGCUACCUGCCUGCAGUAUGUUUUCAACUAAGCAUUACAGUGUUCCUGCAUGGUAUUGGCAAAGAUGAGUUCCUUUUGUCAUUAGCAGUCAUAAGUUCUUUCCUUACCCUUUCCUGUUAUUUCAGAUCCCCCCUCUUAGUCUUUGGUUCCCCCCACCUCCUGAAAGGGGCUAUGUGUAUAAAUUGAAAAAUUUUGAGACAAGCAGGAUAGAGUACAUUAAUUGAUUUCUCUGGUCACUGGCAGAGGUGGGAAAAUCUUUCCUCAAUCCCACCUUCACAGGAAUCACCUAAUAAGGGUGAACAGUGUAAAAAUUCAGCCACAUUAGUGAGGGGACCUCCUCCUGGCAAACUGUGUUCUUUCUGGCAAGUGAUCAGACAUUCAAUUCAGUGUCUUCCCCUCUGGAUUGUAGUGCAUUAAUUCCUUUUAUGGUUGGUCCCUCCCUCCCCCCCUUUCCCUUUUUUCUUUUCUCAGUGACUAGAAUUUAAGUGCUGCUGUUAUUUUUGUGUGUAUGCAUUCUGACAAUUUAAUGGAUUUUAUUAAAACUAUUGGAAAAAUAUCCUGAUUAAUGUGAAAUCAAACAAUUGGUUUUUUUCUCUAUUUUUGUAAACAUCACCUAGUUUACUGCAAUUGAAAAUAAAAGGUGUGGUGACUGAG